CCGCCCAUAAGAUUCAGACGUCCGUGCUGCGCAGCCGGCCUUUGCCGGUGGUGGCGCGACGGGCUGAUCUGACCUGAUCAGCGACCGAGCGGCCGUACAGCAAGCCGGCCCCGACGGCAACGUCACCUCCUACUACCCAGCUCGUAUUUGACGUCGCUCAGACUUGUGCACCGUCGCGUACAUCGUUGCAUCGUGACCUGGGCUUGACGCUGUUGCUUGGAUCCAGACGGGCGCGCGCAUAGCAGACGCGCAGGAGGCGGGGUCGAGGUUCCAGCACCGCCCUCGGCCGAGCAAUACCUACUAGGCAACACCUGCCAGGCAACACCUACCAGGACUACGGAGCGCGACGCAGGAACCCGGAUCAAAGCGAAGCGGAUUAAGCAAUAUAAAUACCAUCCUCACGCGCGACCAUGGAAUACCAACCACGCCCCUACGAGGCCUACGAGGAGCAACCCAUCCCCCACCAGCAGCAGCACCAGCAGCAGCAGCCGCCAAUGCAGCAACACUCGCUCCUCAGCAACGGCGACUUCCUCAAGCGCGUCGAAAUCAUCAAAGCCGACAUCCUCACGCUAACCUCGAACGUGAGCAAAAUCGCCAGCCUGCACCAAUCCGUGCUCGGCGACCCGUACAGCAGCAAAACCGCCGACCUCAACGCGCUCAUCACGCAAACCCAAGUGCUGAACACGAGCAUCAAAGACCAGAUCAAAUUCCUGGAGACGGAUGCCGCGCGCAGCCACGGGAACGCCGUCAAGGACACGCAGGUGAAGCAGCUGAAGAAUUCCUUCCAGCGGCAGCUGCAGGACUACCGUGCCGAGGAGGCGAAUUACGAGCGCCAGUAUCGCGAGCAGAUCAAGCGGCAGUACGAGAUUGUCAAUCCGCAUGCGUCGGAGGCGGAGAAGGAGGAGGCGGCCGAGGCGAAUUGGGGGGACGAGGGCGUGUUUCAGACUGCGUUGCGCUCGAAUCGCUCCGCGACGGCCACGACGGUGUUGGGUGCUGUGCGCGCAAGGCACAACGACAUUCAAAAGAUUGAGACGACGAUCAUCGAGUUGAACCGGCUCAUGGAAGAACUCGCCACGACCAUCAUCCUGCAAGAAGAGCCCGUGCAAGCCAUCGAGCAGCGCACCGACAACGUGCGCACCGACAUGGAGCAGGGCAACACGCAGCUGACGCAGGGCAUCAAGUCGGCGCGCCGUGCGCGCAAACUCAAGUGGUGGUGCCUGGGCAUCACCGUGCUGAUUUGCAUCAUCAUCGCGCUCGUCAUUGGGCUGUAUUUCGGCUUGCAGAAUUCGGGGCACAAGUGAGGGGGUGGUUUGCAGAGGGCGGGCCGUGGACGAUGUGAUGAUGUGGUGGUAAUGUUUUGUAUAUAGCUCCUCGCGCAGGCUCGUUGCGUUUUUGUAUAGAGACCGCUAUUGAUUGAUUGAGUUCUCGCGCUCGCUACGCUGGGAAUGAGAGACAUUGGAGCGAUUCUCAACGAGUGUCACCACGCAGACACCAAAGCUAGGGAAGGAGAAUGAGGGACGACGGCAUCGGCGAAUAGCAUUGACGA